AUGGCCACCACCAGCACCACCAGCACCACCAGCACUACCAGCACUACUACCACUCAUACCACCACCACUCCUACAAAGACACGACUCUCAUUCUAUGAUCGUCUCACGAAUUAUCCCUAUUUAACAGAAGAAGCUAAAAUAUCGUUACGAGAUUACAAGUAUAAAAGUGGUGAUGCAUCCAUCCUGUCUUAUUAUUUUCAACCCUAUUGGGAAUUUUGUGCCAGAGCCAUUCCACAUGAUAUAGCACCCAAUACCAUUACUCUAUUAGGAUUUCUUGGAGUGUUAUUCGGAUGGGCUGUAUUGGUCUAUUUCAAUCCAGAUUUACACAAUCAUCAAGUACCAUCCAUUGUUUAUUUAUUGAAUGCAUUGUUAUUGUUUUAUUAUCAAACAAUGGAUGCUAUUGAUGGAAAGCAUGCACGGAAUACAAAGAAUAGCAGUGCAUUGGGUGAAUUAUUUGAUCAUGGACUGGAUGCUCUUAUUGGAUAUUUUCAAUGUUACAUUCUUGUGAGUGCUAUUGAUUUAGGAAGUACUUAUUUUGCACUCACUGUCAUUGUCUUGUAUUACAUGACUAGUUUCAUGAUGAUAUGGGAAGACUAUGUCACUGAUGAAAUGAGAUUUGGAAAAUACAAUUCACCCACUGAAGCUAUCAUGCUUGCCAUUUCCAUACUCAUUGCAACCUUUGUAAUGGGACAAUCGAAAUGGUCGACUGUCUUGUUCACCAUUCAACAACAUCAAAAUUCUUCUUCAACCUUUUAUUGGCUCUUUAAAAUAUUUUCAAGUGACUUGAAUGCAACAACAAAAACAACCUCUCAAUCAUCUCAACAAUUUCUCAAUAUUCAAUUCAAUACUCUUAUGGUUAGUAUUGCCACUCUAUUAGGUGCAUCCAUCAUUGUGAGUAAUAUUCGAAGUGUUUUGGGAUUUGCAUCACACAGUGCUCGUAAACGUUCACAUCGAACCAUUCAUGUCAUUGGUGGAAUUGGUGGUGCAUUGAAAGGAAUUCUCUCUUACAUGAUUGUAUUGGUCAUGUUUGUUGUGUUGGCAUUUCUAUCACCACAUCUUGUUGAGAAUCACUUCUUACCAUUGAGUAUGCUCUAUGGAUUGACUGCAUCUUAUAUUCAAACAAGAUUAAUCUUUGCACGUGUGUGUGGAUGUUUAUCACCAACAUUCUUUUUCAUUAUGAUUCCAAUGGGUGUUCUAUUGGUGGAGAGAGUGUUUGUGGUGAUGAUGAUGAAUAGUAGUACCAAUAGUACCAAUAGUAAUAGUACUACCAGUAUGACCAAUACCAAUAGCAUGAUGGAAGUCUAUUUAUUGUAUGGAUGCGUAGGCGUGGUGAUUUUCUCAUAUUUACAUAUGGCUAUUUUGGUGAUUCGACAAAUUUGUGAUACCCUGAAUAUUCAUGCUUUUCGAGUGAAAAAGACCAUAGAGUCUGCCUCAGCAAAAGCACAACUCAACAACAAGAGAGCAUCGACGUCUCCAUUUGCUCCUUCUGACUAUGCUCGAAGAAGAGAUAAAGAUCUCUCACUGAAAACUUCAGAUAUACUUUUUGCUCGAGCAAAUUCAACACCACCAACCCGAUUCACGAAUAAGGAGGAUUUAUCAUUUAUCACUGUCGAUCAACCUGCAACAUUAAUACCGAAACAAGUCCAUCGAGUGAAUGACUUUAACUUGAAGAAUCAUGACAUUGAAGGAUCUCAACCAAUGAAGACACAUGUCAAGUUCAAUCGACAACUCAAUCCACUCAAUCCCAUUUACAAAUUACCAAGCGUCAAAAGACCUAACAAACCUCAAGAAUAUGAACACUUGAAACCUCCAAAAGACAUUUUAAAAGUGGAUGAUAUUAUUUAUGACGAAAAUAAGAAAUUAGCAAUGGAGAGAAAACGAAAUGCAGCCAUUCGAAAUCCUCUUGCAUGUGAUGAUAUCAACCAUCCUGAAGAUUAUGGAGAUUUUGCAAUUAAAGGAUUUUUCAGAAGUAAUUAUCAACGAGUCAUACCUGAAACACACAAAGUUGAUAAAUUAAAUGUAAAGGAUAUCAAUGAUGAAUGGAAAUUCACAACUCGAAGACAGAUAAAUCCAUUGUCACCCAGGUAUGACUAUGAAAAAAGUGUAAUAGGACGAGAUAUUGGAGAAAUUGAGGGAGCAAAACCUGCACCUCUUCCACGAUUGUCGAAUUAUGUGAAGGAACCAUUGGAAGAGAGAAAAGGAAAUCAUGGACAUGCAGUACCAAAUUCUUUCCCUGUCGAAAGAAGGGAUUACAGGAAAAUUAAUUAUGUUCAAGAUAUUAUUGGUGGACCUCCGAAACACUACGCAACGUUCCAUGUCAAUACAAGGAGACAAACACACCCUCUUGAUCCUAAAUACUAG